GGCAAGUCUCGUUUGAGGAACGAAGGCAGCAGCACACCAAUCUCACGCAUGUGCGCACUGAACCCGCCGCCCCCACCGCCAGAAAGCUAACCCCGGCGCCGCCGCCGCCGCCAUGCUCCGACUCCGCAGAUGCAUCCUCAGCCACCUCCUCUCUUCCCGAUCCGCCUCUCCCAUCUCCUCUCUCCCCCGCCUCCUCUCAACCACGGCGCCGGUGCCGCCCACUCCGGCAAGCCCCGCCUUCGCCGUCAAGGACUACCUUGUCGACGCCUGCGGCCUCACCCGAGCCCAGGCACUCAGCGGCUCCGCCAAGAUCCCCCACCUCAAGUUCCCCUCUAAUCCCGAUGCCGUCCUCGCCUUCCUCUCCGGCCUCGGCCUCUCCGCCGCCGACGUCGCCGCCCUCGUCGCCAAGGACCCGCGGUUCCUCUGUGCCGGCAUGGAGAGAACCCUGGCCCCCGUCGUCGCUGGGCUCACCGGGCUCGGCCUGUCACACCGUAAGAUCGCGCGCCUCGUCUCGCUCGCCCCCGGCAACUUCCGCCACACAUCCGUCGUCUCCAAGCUAGAGUACUACCUGCCGCUCUUCGGCUCCAUUGACAACUUGCUCUGGCCGCUCAAACACGGCUCCGGCCUCCUCGACUCUGACCUCGAGACGGCGGUCAAGCCAAAUGUCAAGCUCCUGAGAGAAUGCGGGCUAGGUGCUCGUGACAUUGCCAAGCUGCUCACCCGUGUACCAAUGUUGCAGAGCUCCAAACCAGAGUGUGUCCUGGCGAUGGUUGCGUGCGCCGAAGGUAUAGGUGUGCCCCGUGGAUCUCGGAUGUUCAGGCAAGCGCUGCAGGCUGUCUCAUACUUCAGUGAGGAGAAGAUUGCUGCCAGAGUGGACUACUUGAAGAAGACGUUUAGGUGGUCAGAUGCCGAGGUCGGCAUUGCGGUGUCCAAGGCCCCGUCUCUUCUGAGGAGUUCAAAGAAGAUGCUACAGCGCAGGUCCGAGUUCCUUAUCUCUGAGGCGGGGCUUGGGCCAGCCUACAUUGCUCAUCGGCCGAAUAUGCUCGUUCUUGGCGUGGAGGUCCGGCUAAGACCCCGUUACUAUGUUAUGAAGUUUCUCAAGGAAAAUAGAUUGCUCAAGCGUGACCUAAGCUAUAAUACAAUUGUCAAGGUCACCGAAAAGCUAUUCUUGGAGAAGUUCGUAUGCCCUCACAAGGAAGCUGCACCGCACCUUGCUGAAGACUAUGCAACCGCUUGCAGAGGCAGAGUGCCUUCGAGAUUCAUAUUUACAUGA